AUGAUGUUGACGAUGCCGCGGAUGGAUUCGCGGAAGAAUGAGACCCAGUUUACUCGGAGGUCGCCGUUAUCCCCUUCGACGAAGAACAGCGCCCCCACCGCGGCAAGAAAGCCCCCGCCGACUAGGGUUUCCUCCAUAGCCUUGGCUUCUCCUCCUCCCUCUGCGCCAGUCGCAUUGCGACGAUGUUCAUCACCCAAUUGCAGAGCGGCUCUCUCCCAGAAGCCAUCUCUGCCGAAGCGCUCACAGUCUACGGAGAGGAGACGGCCAACGACGCCCUCGUCUCAGACCUCGUCGCCUGCCUCUUCCUCGAGAUUAUCUUCGGGAUCUUCUACCCCAGUAGAGGACGCCAUGGCGGGAGUUCACCUCUCUUCCAGGAAUCUGGGAACCGGUCGAACGCCAGAUGGUCCGUGGCCCGCCAUGAGGAGCCUUUCUGGGUCCUUUCAGCUUGAAUGUGUUUCAGCGGAGAAGCCAGUCUCAGGUUCCAAUGCCGGUCGAGCUUACAGUCUGAAGGCUUCGUCCGACGCGACAACAGAGAGAAAGAGGGCUCCUUCGAAAGGGAAGAAUUCCUCUGAUGGGUCGGAGAAUUAUAGGCCCGUGGAGAAUUCCCAUCCUAGAAUGAAGGAACAGCAUCAAUGGCCCGGCAUAGUCAACGGGAGAUUUUCCGCCAGAGCCUCGUCAAGACGCGUGGAUCUCACUGUGCCGGCCUCAUCGCGAGGUGUUUCACCAGCAAGGAGACCCAGUACCCCUGAGACACCGAGAAAAGAGCUUCAAGUGGCCAUUAAUGGAGGGGCAAGAAGGCGAACGUCCUUGGAUGGAAGCGGGAAACUGGGGCGCGAAAUCCUCAGAAAUGCUCAGAGUCUUUGUGAGAGAACCCCCUCGCUGACCCGUCUAACUCGAGCUUGCUCACUCCCUCGACCUGGGUCGCCUCAUCCUCCCUCACCAAGGAAGGCUCCCCUGCCAUCGACCACUUCUAGUAGGAGCUUCUCCAGUCCAUGUCCGAUGAGGCCAUCAAGCCCUCUUCCACUGAGCAACACUUCUGUUAUGAGUCGCAGUCUUGAUGGCUCUAGAGGAAGGAAGAGCUCCAGCCGCAUAGAUGAUGAGUUUAAGCUGAGAAUGCUCUAUAACAGAUAUCUGCAGUGGCAUUUCGUCAACACCCACGCAGAUGCUGCGAUGCUUGUCCAGAAAAUCACAGCAGAGGUUGGUGUCCAUGUGUUAUUAUUCAUUGUAAAUCAUAUCCGCACAAACGUUGACUUUUUCUUUCUGUUUCCAGUUGACUCAUAUAAACCCAUUCAGGUAUCCUUAACAGCGAUUUUUUGACAAAAUAGCUUAUUAUUAUUUGCAGGAAGCAGUCAAAUGGGUCUUCUAUUUACUUUACUUAUAUGAGCUUUUAGGGUGUCUUUAUGUGCAUGAUAAAUUUGACUUUUUAAAAUGGAACUCGUUGAAUAAUGUGCACUUGUUCCUGCACAACCGAUGACUUUUUCUUUCUGUUUUCCAGUUGACUCAUGUAAACCCAUUCAGGUAUCCUUUAUAGCGUUUUUUUGACCGAAAUACUGUAUUAUUAUUUUCUUAGCGUCAAAUGGGUUUUCUUUUGACUUAUAUGGGCUUUUAGGGUGUCUUCAUAUGUAUGAUAAAGUUGACUUUUUUAACAUGGAACUCGUUGAAUGAUGUGCACUUGUUGCCGCUCAAACAGAGCAUUCUGUACAGCGUGUGGGUGGCUACUUCAGGAAUGCGUGAUUCCAUUCUUAUGAAAAGGAUUAAUGUGCAGCGGCUGAGGAUAGAGCUAGCGUUGGGAUCCAUUUUGGACCAUCAGGUGAGCCUUAUAGCGUUAUACCAUCCAGGUAGUAAUAUGUUUUAAGAAUAUAUUUACAGAUAAUGUCAAUAGGAUGAGAUGAUUGAUUUCUGAUGGCCAGGGGGCAUGGAAAAAGUGUCGUUGAAGAAAAAUUAAAGAAAAUCAAGGGCUAUGAUAAUAAUGCAACAUUAAUAUUGGGAGUAAAUUAUUAAUUUGGCAGAUUACCACGGAUCAAGCUAGUUGGGGAAUACCAAAAGAGGCAACGAAUUGGUUCUAAAAUUGGGAAAUUUUGAUGAAGUUCUCUUAAUUAUGCAUAGAAUGGACGGCCCAAGUUAUCUAUCCACUUUUUUUUUUUUUAACCAGAUGUAACCAUAGGUUAUGUAUAUAUAUAUAUAUAUAUAUAUAUAUAUAUAGAUAGAGAGAGAGAGAGAGAGAGAGAGAGAGAUGAGACAGUGUUGACCCGUUCUUCCGAAUAUUUUCUCUAUUUCUGGCAAUUCCAUUAAUUUAAACAAUUCCAUCUUUUAAAACGGCUUCUCUGGGCUUUUUUUAUUUAGAAUUUUUUUAUCAGGUCGAUGAAAAAUGUGUUUAAUCCGAAUAUUUACGUCGUUUAAAUUUCUUAUUUAGAUGCCACGUCUUGAAGACUGGGAAUCAUUGGAGAGGGAACAUUCUUGCUCCUUGUCAGGAGCAGCAGAUGCCUUGAGAGUGACCAUGCUCGGCCUCCCAGUUGUCGGCGGAGCUAAGGUGGGUAUAGCUCCAGAUAUGCAAUCAUUUCAACCAUGUCCAGCAUAUAGACCAUCAAGUUCUUCGAGGCACGACCCAUGACUUUUUUACAUGAUCUUUACCUCCAAAGGCAGAUCUGGGUGCCCUAAAAGGCGCCAUCUCCUCUGCUCUUGAUGUUAUCCAGACCAUGAGUUCAUCAGUUUAUCAUUUACUAUCCAGGGUGAGAUACAUGAUUCUGAUUCAAAGUUUCCCUUUUUUUUUUCUUCGCACUUUUUUUUUUCUUCUUCCUAAUUAGAUGAUUUUGGAUCCAUAAAUGCAUAUAAAUACAGUUGGAAGGAGUGAAUUCUGUGGUGUCUGAGUUGACUGAGUUGGCGACCGAGGAGAGGGCCAUGCUUGAUGAAUGUAUGGCACUGCUGGCUUCAACAGCGGCUCUGCAGGUAAUUCCAGAGCAGCCCUCUGUUCUUGAGCUCGAGCAGUGAGAAUCGAAUCUGUAUUUUAUCGCUUAAUUCAUCUGGGUUCGAAGAUCUUAGACAUAUGAAUUCGAUUUGGUCUUAAAGAUCUCAUCUUUCAUCAUCAUUGCCCAUGUUUAUGACAUUCAUACUGAUGAUGCAGGUUCAAGAGUGCAGCCUCUUCCGUUUUUAAAUGGGAUUUGGCCUAAGAAACCUCAGAUGUUAACUAUGGACUCUCUCUAUGCAGGUUCAAGAAUGCAGCCUCAGAGCGCAUCUCUUACAGCUGAGGCGGGAUAGAUGA